AUGUCUUCUGAUAAGUUGCUAUUAAACUUUUCUAACAAGAUCGGAAAAUUGCUUGAAGAUCCGGAUUAUGAAUUUAAUACAAUCAUUCGAACUGGAAAUGAUUCGAAUAUAAAAUGUUUUAAAGCGCAUUCCCUUAUUUUAAGGGCGAUGUCCCCAUACUUUCGUACUGCUUUGUCAAGUAAACAUGUAAUGAAGGAAGGGGAUUGGACUUAUUUAGAGCAACCAAAUUUUUCUCCCUCCACAUUUGAUGUUAUCUUGAA